UAUGUGCCGAAUAUUCACUUUUUGGACUAUCCUUGUGUGUGUCCUGCACAUGACUUAUGCCCUUCAAGUCCGACUGGAAGAAAGCACCCACUGUGCUGGAAGAGUCCAGAUCUUCUUUGAUGGUCAAUGGGGCCACGUGUGCAGCUACUCUUGGGACCUGCCUGAUGCUGAGGUGGUCUGCCGUCAGCUGGGCUGUGGCACUGCUGUUUCUGCACCUCAUCUCAUUCAUCCACAAAAUCUCACUGACGACCGAUUGCUCACUGGUGUGAAGUGUCAUGGGAAUGAGACUGAGCUCGGAGAGUGUGACUCAAGAACUCGGGAUCAAAUGCUGUGUCAGCAUAUCUGGGAUGCAGGUGUCGUUUGUGCAGGCAAGCCCUUUUUUUAA